AUGGCGAGGAGAUCGGCUUUAGUGCUAGCGACGGUGCUGGUGGCAACCUUUCUUUUCUCCGUGACGUUGGUUGAGUCGACGUGCGACCUACGGGAAUAUGGCCCACCGUACCCAAUUGAGAAUAUUGCUGACGUGUUUUACCGUGACGUCGUCAGUUUCGCACUGUCGGUGAAGAACAAGGAACGCAAACCACCUCAUCGAAUGACGCUCGUAAGCAUUGACGAGGGCGUCUUUUAUCCUCUAUCAGACUAUGUCAGUUUCUAUCGUUUCAAAAUAACUACAUCCAACCAUUACGGCCAAGCAAAGUACUUAGUAUUUGUCAUUAAUGAGCAUCCCCUUCACAACUCGUUUACCCUGAAAUGCUUCGACAGAAUUUAG